AUGGAAUAUGUAAAUGGUGGUGAUUUAAUGUUUCAAAUACAAAGGGCACGAAAAUUUGAUGAACCACGCGCUCGUUUUUAUGCUGCCGAAGUUACCUGCGCAUUACAAUUCUUGCAUCGUAAUGCUGUCAUUUAUCGUGAUCUUAAACUUGAUAAUGUUCUUCUGGAUGCUGAGGGACACUGCCGUUUAGCGGAUUUUGGAAUGUGUAAAGAAGGCAUUACUAAUUCUAAGCUAACUUCAACAUUCUGUGGUACACCGGAUUACAUUGCACCAGAGAUAUUGGAAGAAAUGGAGUACAGUAUUUCGGUAGAUUGGUGGGCGUUAGGUGUUUUUAUGUAUGAAAUGAUGGCUGGACAACCGCCAUUUGAAGCUGAUAAUGAAGAUGAACUAUUUGAAGCUAUCUUACACGAUGAUGUCCUCUAUCCUGUAUGGCUUUCCAAAGAAGCAGUGGAUAUUUUAAAAGCG